GUCCCAUAAACAACAUUUCCUCACAAAUUUUCGCAAUGCCGAAAGGCACUAAACCAUCCCUUUUCUUUCUUCUUCUCUCUUUGCUUUUAUCACCAAAAAUCUUUGCCCGAAACCCUCUUCCUCUUCAGCCUCAAUCACCUUACACUGCAUGCAAAUCCACCCUUUAUCCCAAGCUAUGCCGUUCCAUUCUUUCAUCUUUUCAGCAUUCACCUACAAACUUAGAUGGCUAUGGAAAAUUCUCUGUAAAAUGGUGCCUAAAACAUGCCCAGAAAAUAUCUGACCUUACUAACCAUUUGCUAUCACAGCAAAAACAAAGCAGAUUUCUUAGUAGUAAAGAGCUUAAUGCAUUGCAUGAUUGUGCUCAGCUAUCGGAGCUGACGGUGGAUUACUUGGAAUCCAUAUCUGUAGAGCUCAAAUCAGAUAAUUCCUCUUCCGGGAGCGACAGUUUGGUUGGUAGAGUGCAGGCUUUGUUGAGUGCUGUUGUGACGAAUCAACAAACAUGCUAUGAUGGCCUUGUUGACAGCGGCAGCAACUUGGUGGGUGCACUGAUUGCACCGCUGUCUGCUGCCUCGGAGUUGUAUAGCGUUUCGCUGGGCUUAGUAACACAUGCAUUGGGACGCGUUCGGAAAGCUGGAAAAGUUCUGCAUGGAUUAAAUGAUUCCCAAAGGUGGGGAAGAAAUCUAGCCGAAUUGGUGGAUAAAGGACUAAAGGAGUUAAUAUCAGAGAGGCAGUUACAGUUAGAAAUUAUGGGGCAAGGAUUCUAUGAAGAGUACGUUGUUGUGCCUAAACACAAGAAAAGUGUAAUGUUGAUUGGAGAUGGAAUCAAUCGCACUGUGAUAUCUGGGAAUCGGAAUGUCGUAGAUGGCUGGACAACCUUCAAUUCUUCAACAUUUGCUUUAGAACCUCUUGUCAAACUACUUCUAUCUAACAAUGAUAUUCUUCAAACAUUAGGCAUGAUUAAGUUAAGUGGUUAA